AUGCAGCGUGCUGCGGUGACGGUGGAGGAACUGUUGUUGGAAAAAGCGAUUAAGGAUGAAUGCGAAUGGGAGAAUCUUCCCAGGCGACUUCAACAAACGGUUCCUUCCAAGGAAGAAUGGAUCACAACGACAAUUGAAUACUGCGUAAAGAAGAGACUUCAAUGGGAUAGUUGUUUUGCUCGUAAAUUUUGUAAAGAAAGCGAGUAUUAUGAAAAUAUGAUGCGGUACUUGCGGAAGAAUCUAGCUAUAUUUCCUUAUCAUCUGGUGGAUUAUGUUUGUCGUGUAAUGAGACUAUCACCUUUCAGAUAUUACCGUGAUAUGCUUUUUGAAGUAAUGAAAAAUGAACAACCUUAUGACAGCAUCCCAAAUUUUAGCGCUGCAGAUGCUUUAAGACUUACAGGAAUUGGGAGAAAUGAAUUUAUUGAUAUAAUGAAUAAGUGCAGAUCUAAGAAAAUAAUGUGGAAAUUGAACAAGUCAAUAGCAAAAGAACAUUUGCCUACUCAACCUGUGGAUUUUCCAGUUGAACCCUGGUGGGGAGUUUGUCUUGUGAACUUUACCUUGGAGGAAUUUAAGAAGCUAUCAAAUGAGGAAACGGCCGUAGUAGACAAAGUCUGUGAGGAGGAAGCAAAUUCAUUUGUCAUGUUUGAUCCUGAUACCGUAAGGGGUCUUUGCAGACGAGGACUGGUCUACUUCGAAGUUCCUAUACAUCCCGAUGACCGGUUUAAAGUUUCCAGGCUUGAAGGCUUUGUUUCCAAUAGGGAGCAGUCUUAUGAAGAUCCUAUUGAAGAGCUGUUGUAUGCAGUUUUUGUAGUCUCAAAUGAAAAUGCAACUGUUAGUGAGUUGGCAACAACCCUACAGGCUGAAUUGUCACAGUUACUAGCUGCUGCUUCUUUUGUGUGUCGUUUGGGAUGGGCUACAAAAGUGAUUGAUCCCAAAUCUAUUAUUGGAAAUUCCGGUAUAACUAUGUCUCCUAGAAGAAGUACAUUCAGUGACGAAGACGCUUCUGUUGCUAGUCAGGGUUCUGAGAAUAUGCUUAUUGAUAAUGACUCCCCUCGGCAAGGAGAUGUUUCAGCUUCAGGAAACUAUGGUCCUCGUUCUGCCUUUACUCGCGUUGCUUUAAUAGUUGAUGCUAAUAUUACAUCCUAUCUUAUGAUGGGAUCUGUUUCACCAGGCCUGAAAACUCAUGCCGUUACACUAUACGAAGCGGGAAAAUUGGGUCAUGCGAGCAUUGCUGAUCUUUGCAAGGAUCUUAGCACCCUGGAGGGUACAACAUUUGAGGGAGAACUACAGGAAUUUGCAAAUCAUUCGUAUAGUCUGCGUUGUGUGUUAGAAUGUCUGCAUUCAGGUGGAAUACCUGCCGACCAAAGAGAAGAGGGAGAUAUAAAUAAACUGGGUACAACUACCUUAGUUAAUGAUAAGUCAAGUUCUGUGAUAGCAGAGCCUGAAACCUCUUUGACUGACAGAUCAAGAAACUCUAGUGAUGGAGACACUGUAAUAAAUACUGAUGAUUUAGAAAACUUUGAAUCAGAGAAGAAUGUAGUAGAGACUUCUGUUCACUCAGAAAUUUCUAGCAGUAAGGAUGAUGGAGACCAUUCUGUUACUUUGGAAGAUGACAGUAAUCACAUUCAGCAAGUCGAUAAGUCAGACACAAACUUUCAUAACAAUGAUAAAGUAGUAGAAGUUGAAGCGUCAGAUGUUGGAACAGAAAUGCAAAAGAAAAAGAAAUAUCGUGUAGACAUUCUCCGGUCUGAAAGCUUGGCUUCUCUUGCACCAGCAACUCUUAACCGAUUGUUUCUUCGUGACUACGAUAUACUUGUGUCCAUAGUGCCUCUUUCCCAUUCCUCAAUUCUUCCUAGAGCCACAGGUCCAGUUCAUUUUGGUCCUCCCACAUAUUCUUCUAUGAGUCCUUGGAUGAAAUUGGUAUUGUAUUCAACAGCAGCUAGUGGGCCUCUGUCAGUUGUUCUGAUGAAAGGACAGUGUAUGCGCUUGCUUCCUGCCCCAUUGGCUGGCUGUGAGAAAGCCCUUAUAUGGUCCUGGGAUAGUACCACAGUGGGAGGGCUAGGAAGAAAAUUUGAAGGAAAUUUAAUAAAGGGAAGCAUACUCUUGCAUUGUUUAAAUUCACUUCUUAAGCAUUCCGCGGUGUUGGUGCUGCCUCUCAGUAAGUACGAUCUUAAUAAAUCUGGAAAAGCAGCUACUUUGGAUAUCCCUUUACCGUUAAAGAAUGCAGAUGGGACUAUUGCUUCUGUAGGAGAAGAGUUAGGACUUUGUGAAGAAGAAAAUUCGAAGCUGAAUUCUCUGUUGACGAAUUUGUCUGACAAGAUGGAACUGUGGACAGUUGGUUAUAUUCGACUUUUGAGAUUAUUUAUUGGAAAAGAAUCAGAUCAGUUAUCUUCUGAAGUGAAGUACGAAUGGGUUCCAUUGAGUUUGGAAUUUGGGAUGCCACUAUUUAGUCCAACCUUGUGCAAUAAUAUAUGUAGAAGGAUAAUUUCAUCAGAGAUGCUCCAAUCUGGCUCAUUUGCUGAACACCAUGAUGCAAUGCAAAACUUAAGGAAGAAGUUGUAUGACAUUUGUGCUGAGUACCAAUCAACAGGUUUUACCGGAAAGCUUCUUUACCAGAAACAGCUAGCAAAGAAGUCUUUUGGGAAGCUUAAGAACCAUGCUAGUGGAAAGUUGAAUCCACUUCUAGAUCCUUCUUCUCCCAUUUCAGGGGCAUCAAGUGUCCAUCAGAGGUUAAUACUUGCUAAUCGACAGCGGUGCCAAACUGAAGUGUUGAGCUUUGACGGAAGUGUUCUUAGAUCAUAUGAGUUAACUCCAGCUGAUGUAGCUGCCACAACGGAUGUUAAAGAAGCAACUCAAGCGGAUACAAUGAAAACUGAAUCAGAAGAAAAUGAUAGCAAAGAACCAAUCCUUCCUGGUGUUAAUCUUAUUUUUGAUGGUUCUAAGUUACUUCCAUUUGACAUAGGUGCUUGCCUCCAGGCAUGCCAACCUAUUUGCCUAAUAACUGAGGCAGCAGCUGUCUCAGCAUCUGUAGCUAUGAAAUAG